AGUAAGCGAACGUGUCGCCGCUUUGAUGUCGAGCCUCCGACGAGGAUGCGAUGCGCGGAGGUAAACAACGUCCGGCUCAACUUUUCUUCCCGCCCCGCCUCUGCUUCUCCUUUUUAUCAGUUUAUCUCCUACAUCUUACACUCCCGCGGCCAAGAUUCGCCUUCUUCCAACCAUGUUCCUGCCUUUCUUUGCGCCGUAGAGGGCGGGAAGUGUCCGGGCAAUAAGAAGGGUGGGGGUGGUGGACAGAAGAUGUUUAUUAUGCCGAUUGUUGCUAGGCUAUUUUUAGUGCACCUUUCACUGCGCCACUUUCGCCUUACAGCGCCGUUUUGACGAAAAGAAGAAUGCGCAGAGCAACCCCCCCCCGGGCCUGCGGGAGUAUGAGAAUGGUUUCUGUAUGGGCGGUGGUAAUUCUCUGCAUGCGUCAAUCUUUUUUUUUUUUUGUGAAUGGCUGUUCCUUCACCAAAGCAACUCGUCGUGGCUGUUGGCUGUUUGCACAACUCCCCUCCGAUGCAGCCCUGCUUGUACACACAGCGCCUACCCCCCAGUCCAAUGGCUUUAAAAGGCAGUAUUCGCAAAAAUACUGUCAAUGAAACAAGAAGUGAACUGCACUGCAUCUACCGAGAGGUGCUACGGACAUUUUGGGCCAAAUCACCACAGCAACCACGUGAUGAAGUAUACUCCCGUACUGACAGUCCAUUCAUAGUCUGCAUGUUGUUGUAACGUGCAGGUAGCCCAGCAGCACAGGUAGGAGAUUUGUUGCAACUCGUGUGCGAGUUUCAGUCGAAGCUGGCUGAUGGACUGAUUGUGUUUAAGCAUACUUGGGGGGGCUCCCCAGAUCUGUCACCCUGCAUCAGGAUCGCUCUUUUUGGGGACAAUAGCCAAGCACACACUCUCUUGCACAUUAAAACACCCCCCCACACACCCGAGAGAAUGGGAGGGGUGAUGUUGUACGAGCCCCCACCCCCCCAGAGCAUCAGCGACUACCCGUGACACACACGCACCCCUCUUCAAGGCUAGCAUGCACGGCGCAGUGACCGACUUUUUUUGGGGAGCAAUUUGUCUCGCUGUCUGGCCCUCUUGUCGUCAAAACCUGCCCCACCCUGCCAUCUCACACACACACACACACACACACACACACACAAGGGCCUUAACGUACUACUCCCCCCCCACCCCCAUCCACCUUGCCCCUGGGCAAUUUUACCCCCUUUCGUUUUGUAUGGACUUGGCGAUUCACGCUUCUUGAUUCCAUCUGACACCCUUUGCUCGGGGCGCGAGGAGUUCAGGCUACCCUGGAAAAACAAUGACUUAUAACGUUAUAUUCUUACAUAAAAACAUCAAAAUGUUCUUCGUUUCUUGCAAGAACGUAACGCUGGUUUUAGGCACGGUGGUGUUUUCAAGCGCAGUAGUUGCGCUACAUGCCAGUCGGGGGGAAGUCGAAGCACGCCACAGGGCCGCGUUGAUGCUGCUACGUAUUUUUUCCGAUUUUGUCAAAAGGCCAGGAAAACGAACGUUAUCCGGGUGGUCCUCGCUUGAAGGUGUUCCGAGUUUUGUCGUUUUCUGGUUCCGUACGUGCACCCGUAAGUUAAUAAAAAAAACAUCAUUGUUAGCCUGUAAACAUGAGACUCGCUGGAGUAUGACUUAGAGCUCUACAAUAACAAAUAAAGACAGACUCUAACACUACCCAUAACUGCCAGGUUGCUCUCGUAUCUUUGAGCAUGUUAAAGGAUCCGCUCAUAUGAAAGCGACAGUAAGAACUAAACUAUUAUUAUUAUUAUUGUUGUUUCACUUAAUUCCAUUAUUUUGUGUUUUUAUUAGGGAUGUCCGAUAAUAUCGACCCACAGUGUGAUAUUGGCAUAAAAAUGUAAUAUCGGUGUCAGGUUUUUCCCUAUAAUGAAAACCAAUACUGAAAAAGUGCAGGCUUGUGGGCUUCGGUACUCGGCGCCAUCCGGCGGCGCCAGUACGUGGAUAUACUUCGCCACGUCCUGUGUUAUUCCUUGCAGUCGGAACUGGGCUGGAUAUGUUGAAACCACAGGCGUGGGUGUGCCGCAGAUAGCGCCGACGUUAGCUUGUAGCGGCGCUGGCACGGCGUCAUUGUCUCUGUUGUCAGUCGAUAUUUUCACCCACAUCAAGGGGCACCAAAUGUGGAGAUGCGUUUAACAACGAGACAGGAGUGGAGGUCGGCGGCACCCAUCAGUUAACUCUCCACUCAACUCAGCAACAAGUAACAAGUCUUUAGCAAUAGCUAAGUGGCCUAAACAACCUCAUGACCCGCAAACGGAAGUACACUUCAUAGAUUGAGAGUUGGACGAUAUCGGCAUAUCGGUUAUCGGCAAAAAAGCCAAUGUUGGACAUCCCUACUUUUUAUUGUUGCAUUUUAUGUGCUUCAUGUGUUUUGUGUACAGUGUGAGUGACUUCAGAGUUAAUUAGUCCUGUCACGAUAAUCAAUACAUGGAUUGAUCGAGCCACAGAUAAUGAUGACGGCCUGGAUAAAUUGACGUGUGUGUUUUCGUCUCUCUGUGCCACACAGGCUGGAUGGCAAGAGGGCAUGUGCAUGUGUCUAUGUGCAUUGGUUCUAUAGUGGAAUGAACGGAGAGUGUGAACCCUUCUCUCAUUCAGACUCUUUGUGGAGGCGGGGCUACUAGCUAGUACCCAAGCAGCAGUUAGCUUCGUGAGCCAGCAUACGCUAACAUGAAUGAUGGCACAAAAGGAUAGUUUCUAAGUCGAAUGCCACAGCCACAGUGUGGGAAUAUUUCGGUUUUAAACAGAAUGAACACCGACGACCGACACUGACAGUUUUCUCAACUGUGAAAAAAACAAUAGAUCGAGGUGCCUCGGGCAGCGGAGCCUUCGUCCCGACAGCCAAUGCUUACUGAGGUGUUUGGUUUGCAAAUAUAAACAAAACAGUGCAAAAUGGUGCAUGCUAACAGCCAGUGUCGCUGGCUACAUUGCAAAAUCAUACACACAGGCAACUUGUGUGUCAAGCUAAUGUCUCACACAGGUACACCAUACACUAGAGUCCCUCCAUAUAGAAAGUUGCGACAUGACGAGUCGAAAAAAUACGGUCACAUGACUUGUGGAGCCAUCUUGGGGCCAAAUUCGUGUUUGCGUUUGCCUUUUCUUCACAGUAUUCUUGGCCGUAUUCUUGUUUAUUCCCCAAAAAUGCCGGGUUGUUGUGCAUUUGGAUGCACAAAUAGACAUGACAAGGGUUUCAAGCUUUACAGAUUCCCUUCAGAUGUCAACAGACGGACAAUUUGGGGAAAUAUAAUCAACCGUUUGGGCUGGAAGCCGAACUCGUCUUCAAAGCUGUGCGAGGUUGGCAUCAGUGUUUGAAGCCAAGAAUUCCAAAGGUCCUGCUGACCGCUGUGCAUCGGGUCUGUCCCGUCGGUACACACAGGUGCUCACCAACGCUCACCUCCAGCGAUGACGUCGCACAGUCAUCAAGAGGGGAUCCUGGGGAAGGAACAACCGCUGGAGGUUCUGAAGACGUCGGCGCUCAACCACAUCCCAACAGUGGACAUCAACUCAGCACUGCCCCUGCGCCUCCCUCCGGCCGCCAUCCCCAUGGAUCUGCGCGUGGACCAGCACCCGCAGCAGCAGCAGCAGGUGUCCCCGCUGUCUCCCUCCCGCCAGCAGUCCCCGCUCGGUGGAACGAUCCAGGCCGGCGGGGGCGCGGCCUCGGCUCCUGCACGCGAGCAGCAGCUACAGCAGGAGCUGCUGAACCUGAAGCAGAAGCAGCAGAUCCAGAGGCAGAUCCUCAUUGCAGAGUUCCAGCGGCAGCACGAGCAGCUUUCCCGCCAGCACGAGGCCCAGCUGCAGGAACACAUAAAGCAGCAACAGGAGCUGCUGGCCAUAAAGCACCAACAGGAGCUUCUGGAGCACCAGAGGAAAAUGGAGAACCACCGUCUGGAGCAGGAGCUGGAGAAGCAGCAGCGUGAGCAGAAGCUGCAGCUGCUGAAGAACAAGGAGAGAGGACAGGAGAGUGCUGUGGCGAGUACAGAGGUGAAGAUGCGUCUGCAGGAGUUUGUCCUCAACAAGAAAAAGGCGCUGGCCCAGCGCAGCCUCAACCAGGGUGGUCCCGCCAACGAUGCCCCCUACUGGUACAGGAAAACUCAGCACAGCUCCCUGGACCAGAGCUCACCUCCGCAGACGGGCCUGUCCCCCUACAACCAGCCCGUGCUGGGCGUCUACAAUCCCCGCGAUGACUUCCCGCUGCGGAAAACAGCCUCGGAGCCCAACUUGAAGCUGCGCUCCAGGCUGAAGCAGAAGGUCAGCGAGCGCAGGAGCAGUCCACUCCUUCGCCGUCGAGACAGUCCCAUCGCCUCUGCAAAGAAGCGCUCUCUGGACAUGGCAGAUUCCGUGUGUAGCAGCGCCCCGGGCUCGGGCCCAAGCUCCCCAAACAACAGUUCCAACAACAUCCCCAACGAAAACGGCAUCACGGUGUCGGUCUCCAACAGCACUGAGGCAUCAAUGAGCCAGAGGCUGUGCAGCGGUGCUGAGCGGGGUUCUAUUAACCAGCUGUCCCUCUACACUUCACCGUCUCUGCCAAACAUCACCCUGGGCUUGCCUGCCACCGCCACCGCCACCGCCGCGUCCAACGUGACGUCCGCUCAGCAGGAUGGCGGCCUGCAGCCGGCGCUGUCCCUCAGCCCUCCUUUCCUUUCCGGCGGCCACUUGACACCCUACCUGGCUGAGGCGGCAGGGGGGACGGGCGGACACGGUGCGCACAGUCCGCUGCUUCAGCACAUGGUACUCAUGGAACAGAAUCCUGCCCAGAGCCCCCUGGUGACAGGUGUCGGUGGCCUGUCCGUGUCGUCGGCCGCCUCCAUGGCCAAGCUGCAGAGGCAGCACCGACCUCUGGGACGCACUCAGUCGGCACCGCUGCCCCAGGGGAGCGCCGCCCAGGCCCACGCGCAGGCGCUGGCCCUGCAGCAGCUUGUGGUCCAGCAGCAACACCAACAAUUCCUGGAGAAGCACAAGCAACAGUUCCAGCAGCAGCAGCUCCAAUUCAACAAGAUGAUAGCCAAGCCCAGUGACUCGUCACCCGUGGGCCGACAGCACCAGAGCCACCCCGAGGAAACGGAGGAGGAGCUGAGAGAGCACCAAGAUGUCGGUGCUUUACCACCGGGGGUCACCAUUAAGCAGGAGCCCCCCGACCCGCAAGAGCUGGAGGAGGAGGUGCUACAGCAGUACCGGGAGCGGGAGAGGCAGGCGGAGCAGGAACUUCUCUUUAGACAGCAGGCCCUGUUGUUGGAGCAGCAACGCAUUCACCAGCUGAGGAACUAUCAGGCUUCCAUGGAAGCUGCCGGCCUGUCCAUCUCCUUCCCGGGACACCGCCCUCUUUCCCGGGCCCAGUCGUCUCCGGCUUCAGCCUCCUCAUUUUCCAUCAGUGUCCCACCCACUGAUCCACCUGUCAAGCCACGCUUCACCACUGGCCUGGUGUAUGAUUCCCUCAUGCAGAAGCACCAGUGCAUGUGUGGCAACACCAACAGUCACCCAGAACAUGCGGGACGCAUCCAGAGCAUUUGGUCCCGCUUGCAGGAGACUGGACUCAGGGCACAGUGCGAGUGCAUCCGCGGGAGGAAGGCCACUCUGGAGGAACUGCAGACUGUUCACUCUGAAGCCCACGUCUUGCUGUAUGGAACCAACCCUCUCCGACAGAAGCUUGAUUGUUCAAUCACUCCCAUGUUUGUCCGGCUACCAUGUGGUGGUGUGGGGGUGGACAGUGACACUAUCUGGAAUGAAGUCCACUCCUCCAGUGCAGCUCGCCUCGCCGUGGGCUCUGUCGUGGAGCUCGUCUUCAAAGUGGCCACCGGAGAACUGAAGAAUGGUUUUGCUGUGGUGCGACCUCCUGGACACCACGCAGAGGAAAGCACCCCCAUGGGCUUCUGCUACUUCAACUCUGUCGCCAUCGCUGCCAAACUGCUGCAGCAGAGACUCAACAUCAGCAGGAUCCUCAUUGUUGAUUGGGAUGUCCACCACGGCAACGGCACCCAGCAAGCCUUCUACGACGACCCCAAUGUUCUUUACCUGUCUAUUCAUCGCUAUGACGACGGCAAUUUCUUCCCGGGUAGCGGCGCACCUGAGGAGGUGGGAAGUGGUCUUGGAGUGGGGUUCAACGUCAAUGUGGCCUUUACGGGAGGACUGGACCCCCCUAUGGGAGAUGCCGAGUACCUGGCUGCCUUCAGAUCAGUGGUGAUGCCGAUCGCCAACGAGUUUGCGCCAGACAUCGUGCUCGUGUCCUCAGGCUUCGAUGCCGUGGAAGGACACCCUCCGCCGCUGGGAGGCUACGCCCUGACGUCCAAAUGUUUGGGCUACCUGACCCGCCAGCUGAUGAGCCUGGCGGGAGGCAGGUUGGUCCUGGCUCUGGAGGGGGGUCAUGACCUGACGGCCAUCUGCGAUGCCUCCGAGGCGUGUGUGGCUGUGCUGCUGGGACAGGAGUUAGAUCCGCUGCCCACGGCCGUCCUGGCGCAAAGACCCAACCCCAACGCCGUUCGCUCUCUGGAGAAAGUUCUGGAGACUCACUGUAAGUUGUCGUCAUUCUUUGUGUCUUCUUUCUCAUCUCGACUCCGCAACCUCUUGUCAGGUAAGUACUGGAGCUCAGCGCAUCGCCACUCGCCACUGCUGGGCCUCUCCCACUCAGAGGCCAAGCGCGGGGACUCGGAGGAAGCGGAGGCCGUCAGCGCCAUGGCCUCUCUGUCCGUGGCCAACACGGGCGCAAUGGAUCACAGACAAGAGGAGGAACCAAUGGAAGAGGAGGAACCACUGUAACCGGCGGGAAACACAACGGUGUCACACUGUUAGCAUUGACCUCUCUGGAGAAGACCUCUCUGAGCUGCAAAGAGUCUCGACUGAUCCCUUCAUUUACACCUCGCUUGGCGGGGGGAGUGGGGGCGGGCUCAGCCUCAAGAGUAGGGAGCCAAUCAGGAGACAAGAGGGCCGGAAAAGGAAAACAAAAACAUUGUUGAGGAGACUUUUUUUUAAAAUUUUCUGCCAGUCUUUGCCCCCCAAUGUUGCCCUGCAGUGGCUGCAGUUGUCUGGGGGGUGGGGGGGUGGUUCAGCUCUCACCGUGACGAGCUGAGUGGAAACAUAACGGUGCUUUACGCAAGCUGCCCGACAACCCGACGCCAGGGGCAGCGAACACCCCGACCGGCGGCUCUUCAACACGCGUUCACUGUGGACUUUUGGUCGGCCCGGGUCGGCUCUUGCAAAGAUUUCGUCAGAGGUUCUGAGAGGAGUGCCUUGGUGAGGGUCCGCUGGAUUUCACGAUUGUUCAGGAAAAGUUCGCCUUAAGAUUUCCUCUUCUUUGGGGAGGAGGGACAACACAGCAAACAAUCUUUCAGCAUGUUUACUCGGGAGGGGGCCACGCCGGUCCUCAUGGGACUGGUUUGGAUUGAUCUAUUUUUCCGCUUUGUCAGGUGGUUGCCAGCGUCGGUGGUGGAUGAACAUGUAGCUUCCCUUUAACAGACGACUGCGUGGCGAGCGUGGGAAAGGAGAGGCGGGGCGUUUGGAAUGUUCAGCGACGGAAAGCCAAAGCAUGAAUCACGUUUUUACGGCACAUUUGAAUGGAGUCUCCUGAGCUGACCGUCCUGACCGUGCUGUCCUGGCAACGACCCGCUUGCUCCUCAACAUCCAGUCUUGUACAUACAGUGGAGUAUAUUUUGUGGGGCGCCACGGCCUCUUCAUUUCGAUUUUUGUUUUUUUCAUUUUUUCCAUUGACCUAUGCUGUUUUUUUAUCCGUUUUCUGGAUAGUGAUAGGGCUGCCGUCGCACCGUUCUUGUAUUUAUCAAACUUUACUUUCUUUCUUUGUACGGCUCGCCAGGCCGCUCGCGUUGUCAUGGAUUGUGUAUUUAUAACGUAGUGUUUAUAGCAGAUUUGUGUAUGGAACUUUAUAAAUGUACUCUUAAUUGAUGACAGCUAUGAUAUUGUCAACGCAACACGGGAUGGUGUUUAAAAACACAAAACAAAACAAAACAACUAGGGAUGUCCAAUAUUGGCUUUUUUUGCCCAUAUUGUCCAACUCUCAAUUUCCGACACCGAUAUCAGCCAACAGCGAUACGGUAAGACAUGGGCACACCACCAGCUGUUAGCUGAAAACAACACACGACAAUACUUAGGCUGGGACGUUUGUUUUAAAAGUCAACAUUGACCCUUUCUUUCAUCAUCUUUCACCAGGGAAGAAAAUCAAGUGUCAGAAAUUCCAUGUAGGCCGAGCGCUCUUAGCGCAGCAGCAGGCGCGGAGUCACAACAUCUUCAUUGGGGUGGCCGAGGUGAGACCGUUACUCACGUGGGGGUGCCAAUAAGCUGAUACCUGAAAUGUCUAGAUGGCCAGGGGGGUGACCGGGGAGUGACCGGACCACCGCGUAGCCCCGCCGCCGUGCAGCAGCACGCUGUAUGGGUUUCCACGCCACGCUAUAAAACGAACAUGAGAUUAGAAUGACAUUUCAUGCGCAGAUGAAGCGAUUUACAUCCUACAUACCUUUCAUCGUGUCCUGGAGCUCCCAUCCGCAAGUCUGAAGGCCGUCGAUUGAGUCGAGGUGGUCCAACGGUGUAAAUUCAAUGCGAAAUUGAAGAGUAAGAAGUCAUGAAGAUACACCCCACAUCAUAUGAAGAAGCGGCAUUUUCACUCCUAAUCAUGUCACAUUUUACCCUCGCUUGCUUCCAGGGAUUGGAACAUUCCUACUAGUGAGGACAGGCAACAUCGAAAAUGGAUAAGUGGAAUGGAAGGAGCGAGCUAGCUGGCUACUAGCCACCCACGUUUGUUUACAUGACGUCAUGUUUUGCACACACGGGAGCCCACAUGCCUACUGUACGUAAACUACAGCAUUACGUUCAUUAUCGGCUCUCAUUGUUGGGAAAAAUCCCCACACUGAUCUUGCCCGAUAUUACAUUUUUAUGCCGAUAUUAUCGGACAUCCCUACAACCAAGAAGCAGCAUAUUGAGCUCCUCAUCGACUGCACUGUUUGGCUAGAUAGAACGUCAUCACGCGGCACCGCGACCCGCUUCUCCUGGCGGAGUCAAUCACUUUGUUGCCUGAGCGGUAAACCUCGGACGACGUGCACUUACUUACCUUGCGUUGGCGACACGCCCGUGACCCCGCCGCAAGCGGGUCCAAAGGCCGUUUUAUGUAGCGAGCUGCUUUUUUUGUUGUUGUUGCUGUUGUUGUUUUUAGAAAGGAUGAUUGGUUUUGAAUCAGGAAGGCAUGAAAACGGCGCUAAUCGACGUAUUGCAAGACAAUGUGUUUACACUACCUGUGUCGGAAGAGGUUCUCUUCUUUGAUUUCAACAAGUGGUGCAAGUUACUUUUGGGGGGGUAAAUAUCUAUUAUUGGUGUGUAUUGCUCUAUUUUUGGCCCCCCCCCCCAUAUCUGUCUACUAACACCUAGUGACAACCAUCACACGUAUUCUAAGUUGUCUUUUUACGAACUUGUAAAAUGUACGUUGUUCUUUUUUCCACAUCUAACAAAAACAUUCCAUUUGAUUGAUUUGGCUUUCGGAAGUUGUUUUGUAGACCGCUUCUUUUGUUUGUUUGUUUUUUUAAAUACCUGCUUGCACCGACUUUGAACUCUCUGCAUGGUUUGUGAGUCAGCAUGCCUGCUUGUCUGUGUAACGAAAAUGUAUUUGCACAACAGAGGGAGACGAAAACAGGAGCCGGGAUGCUUUUCCUUCCUGUCCCGUGUGCAAACAUUUGAAGAGACUCUGUCCCAAUGACUCCACUUGGGACCGUUUGGUUCCGGUUCUGAUUUUAGCACUUAGACUGUGGAUGGACUGCGUUUGCUCUGCUACGUUCAUAAAAGACCCUCCCAAAGAAUGUUCCUCUUUCAAAGAUGUUUCAAACAGGCACUGUUCAUGCUGCGCUUUUAACGGAGAAAAGGUUUGGAGGAGGACGUUUGAUUGUCACACCCACCUUGGCCAGUCCUACACACAACCACUGUGGCUCAAGAGCAAGUCUUGGUUUACAUGUACAUGGGAAAGACGUUCUUAUGAGGAUUAUUUUUUGUAAUUUGUUUGCCGUCUACGUCUCUAACAAUGAAAAAUGUUAUUUCUUGGGGACCUACGCUUUGGAAGUUUCAUCUCUGACAUCUAUAAAAUAUAUUUCUGAAAAAUACCACAGACUUUGGCUUGUUCUUGGCCUGUUUCUGUCCUGGGACUUGGGCCAUCUGCCGUGUGCGGGGCCCCACUUUGAUAUUUUCUACGUAAAACAAGACAUAUAGAGAUGCAAAGGCGUUAUACGUACGUAGUCAAUGAAAACAAUGCAUCUCAACUUUUCUUUUGAUAGGUGGAAAAGCCUAUUUUUAAUAUCAACUUUGGUCUUAGCUUUUUUCACCC